AUGAUCGCCGACUACUACGCAACAGCUUAUUUCUAUUCGAAACUUGAACUGAGACGACGAAAUGCUGCUCCACGGAACUUUCGCUGUUGCUUUAUUCGGGCAAAAUGCAACCUCUCUGCUUGUUUGUGCUCAUCAAUUCCUGCAAAGACACUAUCCCUUUCUUAUCGUCCCAGUUCGGCACAGAAACAGUCGAACCUCGACUUUCCCCUGCUUUGAAUACGCGUCUCUCCCCUCCAACCCACUCGCGCGAGUCCCGCCCUCCAUUCAUUCGCUCACUGACAAUAUCCGCCCCCCUGAUUUCCAUGCGCGCCACCAAACCGAGCAGAACGUCCACAACCCCAGCAUUACGCCCUCGUUUAGGAGGCGGCUGAAGGCGGAGGGAUGGAUCCUCCUUUGGACCAAAAUACAUCCGAGGGCGCGUCGUAAGCGGGGCGGCUCUUAUGACGUUAUGCGGCCCUCAACCAAUCAGAAGCCGUGGAACGAGAGGCUGCUUGGGUUUGAAUUUGGUGGCUCGCUGAAGCUAGCGAGCGAGCGUGGAGGCGGCGGCGGCGGCGACGCCCGAAGAAGCGGCGCGGGCUGCUGA